UCUCUCUCUCUCAUAAAAACACCAGGGGGCCAAGCCUACUCCACUGCUUUCUCCAAAGCACUUGUCUUCUUCAUAUCCAACAUCACUGACUUUGCUAUUCUACUCUCUCUCUCUCUCUCUCUCUCUCUCUUAUUUCAGCUGUGGUCCUUCCUCUUUAUAUCUCUCUUAUUGCUUUCUCCAUUUCUUCAUAGCUUAUAUCUAACACUAGCUACUCCGAUCUGUUGCUUCUUCUUCUUCUUCUUAUUCUUCUAAGAGAAACUUGUUUCUACUUUUUAUCACUUUUUGGUUUGGUUAUAUAUAUUUCUCUCCAGCCAUAGCUUUUUGAGUGCACCCUCGAGGCUCAUAGUACUUAAUUUGAGACAAAGCACACACAAAGACGAGAAACUCUAGCCUCUAGGGAUCGAUGUCUAGCAGAAGGUCGAGGCAGUCGGGGGCUUCGAGGAUCACAGAUGACCAAAUCAUCGAGCUCGUUUCCAAGCUACGCCAACUUGUUCCUGAGAUUCGCAAUAGGCGCUCUGACAAGGUGCCUGCGUCUAAGGUCCUUCAAGAGACAUGCAACUACAUCAGAAGCUUGCACAGAGAGGUGGAUGAUCUGAGCGAGCGACUCUCGCAGCUCUUGGCUACAAUUGAUGCUGAUAGCGCUGAGGCUUCGAUUAUUAGGAGUUUGAUUACGCAAUAAAUAACCCUUUUAUCUACUCUAUAUAUAUAUAUAGUUGUGCUUUUAUAUAUCUAGGCUUUGAUCACUAGAUCAAACAGAGGGUACGUAGUGUCUUUUUAGAUUUGCAUUUUGCGGUGUGGAAAGCCUCUGUAUAAGCUGUACAAUAAAAGGACUUGCAGUAGCAAUGCCUCUCGAUCUUUUUAUGUU